AUGGGGGAAAGACGUUUGUUGUGGGAGGAACUUAUCAACUUUGCUAACAUGGUUGACCAGGCAUGGACAGUAUGUGGGGACUUUAAUGCUAUUUUAGCUCCAUCUGAGAAGGUGGAAGAGCGGCCUCCUUGUUCUCAAUCGAUGAAGGAAUUAAGUAGAUUUGUGAAUGAAUUUGCACUGUUCGAUGCAGAAGAACAAGGUGCAUUUGUUCAGGAGAAAUGCAUUCAUGAUAAUAUUGCGCUUGUGCAGGAAGUAGCGCAGGACAUUAAUAGAAAAUCAAAGGGUGGCAACUUAAUUUUGAAACUUGAUAUGGCCAAAGCCUAUAAUCGGUUAGAGUGGAGCUUCCUCUAUAAAGUGCUUAGUAUAUCCGAUUUCUCUUCCCUUUGGAUUGAUUUAAUCAGGAAAACGCUAAAGAAUUGUUGGUUUUCAGUGGUCAUGGAUGGAGGUCUGUAUGGUUUUUUAAAAUCAUUUGGAGGUAUCAGGCAAGAGGAUCCUUUAUUUCCUAACUUGUUCAUUUUGACGGAAGAAGUCCUAAGCAGGGGUCUGACGGCGUUGUUCGAAGAAGGUCGUGCAACUUAUUUUAAUCUCCCGAGAGGGUGCUCGAGGAUAUCUCACAGUUUGUUUGCUGAUGAUACAAUCAUUUUACUAGGGGAUUGA